AUGCAAUCGGCAUUCAGAGCAGUCGAAAACUUGGAGAACUUCAGGUUCUUUGUGGGUUAUGAGGACGUCACCGACGUGAAGAUGACCUCGGAAGAAAGAAGUGAAAAGGCUCCCCGCAGUCCAGUCCACAGAUGUACAAAGAAAGACCAGAAGAAAAGAAAGUGGUUAAUGGAACAAAAGGUCCUUGCCGUGAAAUUGUCGAGAUCUAUUGGUGUUGCAAAAACUAUUGCUUUUUUACAAGACACUAGACCAGACGAUUUUACUGGGUUAUCUACCUCUACUCUUCAAUAUUGGAUUCAUCAAUCAAAAGGAAGAAAGUCGAGGUACUACGAAUAA